AUAUAAAACCAGGGAGAAAGGCGCAAGUCCUGCGGGAGUACUAUUAUAAGUAUAUAUCAGUGUGCCAAAGCAGGUGUGCUUGUUUUACAGCUAACUACUGCCCGUUCAGCCCUCUUCCUCUUCUCUCUCUGAAAAAACUGAAAACUGUCUCUCUCUAUAAUUACGUUACCCAUUUCGAGUUACAAAACUCACUCUCACUAUACACAAACCAUGAAAACAACCCCUACAUUCCUUCCCCAAUUUAACACCUGCUCUUGUCUCUAAACACACACAUAAACACACAUUAGGGUUUCCAACAUUCUAAUUGAAAUGGAUAAAAAACAAGGCUUCUUCUCAAACUUAAAAGACGAAGUCAUCCGAAGCUUAUCGCCCGCAAGGUCACGCUCCAAGAGUCCGGGUCGUCUCGGCUCAUCCGGGUUUCUCGGCCGCCGCAAAAGCAGCCCGAAUCACUCUAAUUUUGUUAAUUCGGAUCAGUUUAUUUGUAGAUCCGGGAGCUUGAGGCCGGGUUUGGGGGAGACAUUGACGCCCUUGAAAGAGGGUCCGGAUCCGGAUGGAGGUGAAAUGGGGGAUUCCAAACGGGUCGGGUUGGGUCAGUGGAUGAUGGGUCAGCUCUCUCGGACCCCAUCUAUGAACCCCAAUGUGCAGAAACGGUCUGAUCUCAGAUUGUUGCUUGGUGUUAUGGGGGCCCCACUUGCUCCGGUGCAUGUUAGCACGGACCCUUUGCCUCACCUUUGCAUCAAAGACACUCCCAUUGAAACUUCGUCGGCUCAGUACAUACUGCAGCAGUAUACUGCUGCUUCCGGAGGACAGAAGCUCCAAAACUCGAUAAAGAAUGCUUAUGCUAUGGGGAAAGUGAAGAUGUUAGCAUCUGAGUUUGAAACGGCUACAAGAACCAUGAAGAACAAAAAUGCCAGUAGAGAUGCAGAGACUGGUGGAUUUGUGCUCUGGCAGAUGAAUCCAGAUAUGUGGUAUGUAGAGCUUGCAGUGGGGGCAAGUAAGGUUCAUGCAGGUUGUAAUGGGAAGCUUGUUUGGAGGCAUACUCCUUGGCUUGGUACUCAUACUGCGAAAGGUCCUGUUAGACCCCUGCGGCGGGCACUACAGGGUCUAGAUCCGAGAACAACUGCUAGUAUGUUUGCUGAUGCAAAGUGCAUAGGAGAGAAGAAGAUUAAUGGGGAGGAUUGUUUUAUCCUAAAGAUUUGUGCUGAUCCCAAGACAUUGAAGGCAAGAAGUGAAGGUCCUGCAGAGAUCAUAAGGCAUGUUCUGUUUGGCUACUUCAGCCAGAAGUCAGGAUUACUUAUUCACAUGGAGGAUUCCCAUCUUACCCGUAUCCAAUCUAGUGGCGGCGAUGCAGUAUACUGGGAAACUACUAUCAAUUCCUUUCUUGAUGACUAUCGGCCUGUGGAAGGUAUCAUGAUUGCCCAUUCUGGUAGAUCUGUGGUCACUCUAUUCAGGUUCGGGGAAGUAGCCAUGAGCCAUACAAAAACUAGAAUGGAAGAAGCUUGGACAAUUGAAGAAGUUGCAUUCAACGUUCCAGGCUUGUCCAUGGACUGUUUUAUCCCCCCAGCUGACUUAAGAUCCGGAUCCAUUAGUGAGGCUCGGGAAUUCUCUCAAGAUGGAAGGGGAAACAAUGCAAUGGCCAUCGCAGCUCAUCGGGCAAAGGUGGCAGCGCUGGAGACAACGGAUGGUACUGAACUAGUUUGGAAGGUUGAAGUCUAACCAAAGGGCAUGAUUAAAUAAUUAGGACAAUUGUUUAUAUGGUUAGGUAGCUUAUGAUUGACUAACACAUGAUACAGAGAGAGGUUUAGGUUUAUGAAGGUAAUUUUUAGCUGGCUUAGCCUCUAUUAUCUGUAAAUAGAGCAUAAUCGGUUCAUGGGUAUUCCUAAACCUUGGUGGAUCUAUUUACUCUACCCUGCAGAUACCAACAAUGGUGUUGGAAGCUUGCUUCCACCGAAUGAAGCAAAUGGAGGUUAUAUUUUUAUCGUUUACCUUCCAUCAUUCCAUGAACAUGAAGGAAGGUGGUGGAGCUUCUGGCGAAGCCAUCAAUCACUUUACUAAUUUUUCGCUACAACGAGUUCGCCUUUGGCAGGGUUGGCACUAGUAGUUUUUUAGUACAUCUUUUCCUAGUUGUGUUUGUUUGUUUGUUCUGAAAUGGCUAUUUUACCGAUCUUUAUUAGAAGUCUGAUAGUUUCCUGGUUUAACAUGGAACAUGGUUAGCCUAGCUAUGGGAGAUGAUUGUGAAGAUCUUGUUUGUUUUUCUUUUUACAUAAUUAAAUUUAUAUAAUCUCCUGUAUCUAAAAUGGCAUCUAAAUAUUCUGCAUUAUUACUUUGUCA